UGUUCGGACGUACGCAUAUAGCGCAGGCUCGAGGGCUCGUUUACUCCUAAUUCUAGUUGGCUUUCAUUCGUUAUUCCGCGUUGUUACAGCAACAUUCGUAGUCGUGUUCUUCGCUCUUGUUUCACCACUUUGGAUCCCUGACCUGUUGCGUCUAUGUCGUAGAUUUAGCGUGUUACGAUUUUAUUCAAAAUUACAAAUUGCUGUGGCCUGCCAAGACGAAAUUUAUGGAAUGACGAAAGCACUAAUUUUUAUAUAGAACUGCCCAUAAAAACGGAUCCUCAUCCAUACGUAUAGGAUUCUUAACGAUAAAAACACAACUGUACGCUCGCAUUCUUAUAUCUAUACGUAUGUAUAUACCUACGAAUGUAUGGAUACUCGCAUACCUGUAGAUAGGCAGGUAAUGGUUGGUUUUUUACGUUUCUACAUGGAGGCUGAUGGCACCAUGUCGAAAACGGGGAAUAUCCUUCCUGGAGAUUCCGCUAGAACGAAUUACAAAAUUUGGUCCGUGUUAGGAAAUCGAAAAAAGGGAAAAACAAAUGGUAGAAUAAGAUCCAAUCAAGAAGGUGCACUGCCGUUAAGGCCUCGACAAUUUCUUCGUAACGACAACGUUAACACGUUACAUUCUAUAAAUAAUAACGAUGAUUCAGAGGACAGCUUUCAUCGAGCUAUCAGUCCGAUCUUAUGGUGGGCACAAAUAUUCGGCUUGCUUCCGUUAUCCGGAAUAUCUGCGAAUUUACCGUCGAGCUUGAAAUUCAAGAAAAUCUCUUUUCGAACCGUCUACGCCGUCAUAGUAGCUUCUUCGAUAUCUGUAAUGGCGGUACUGUCGAUCAUUCACAUGAUAAGGACUCUCAACGCUGAUUCCUUCGGUGUGCGUGGUGGUGUAGCUGAGGCAACAGCCGGAGCAAUAUUCUAUGGAAAUGGUUUAUGCGGAACGAUCAUGUACCUUUGGUUAUCGCCACGUUGGGUGAUCCUUCAAAACGAUUGGAAAGCAAUGGAACGAUUCAUAGACAGCAACAAGUACCAACGACCACGACUUCGUUGGAAAUUUAUAAUAAUUAGUAGCGUCAUACUUCUUUUCGCUCUCUUCGAACAUGCUCUAAGCGUAGCUAACAAUAGUACAAAGUUUGAAUGGGGAACACCGAACUCGACCUUCGCCAAUUUCUUACAAGUUUACACCACCAAGUCUCACAACUUUAUCUUGGAAAGCGGUACGUUUGUUUACACUUUCUUACUCGGAUCAAUGAGGACAACUUUCAAUACCAUUAAAUUAAUCCUGUUGAAUGAUCGCUUUACAGUCGACUACAGCUUCGCCAUUGGUAUUUAUAUCUUUAUAGUGAGCAAAAUAGCGACGUUCGUGUGGAACUUUACGGAUUUAUUCGUCAUGUUGAUUUCCACCGGUUUGGCUGAAAGAUACAAGACGUUGAACAAGAGAUUGUUCGUUACGGCGAAAAAGAACGCUAACACCAUCGAUUGGUGUGAAUUUAGAAACGAUUACGCCAUUCUAAGUUCACUGGUGAAAAAAGUGGACAACGAUAUAUCUCCGAUAAUACUCCUUUCCUUCGCAAAUAAUCUCUACUUUAUUUGUUUACAAUUGUUAAAUGGCUUAUCCGGACCUGAAGCUGGAGAUAUUUUGAGUAACCUCUACUUCUUCAGUUCCUUUGCCUUUCUCAUUCUUCGAACGUGUGCCGUAACCUUAUUGACCGCCAGAAUAAAUGAUCAAAGUAAAACGGUACUCCCAUUGCUGUAUAAUUGUUCUUCGUCCACCUACAACAUCGAGACACAAAGAUUGCAAUAUCAGCUUACCACCGACGAUAUCUCAUUGACAGGCUUACGUUUCUUUUCCAUCACAAGGAACUUUAUGCUAGCGCUAGCCGGAGCGAUCGUAACGUACGAGGUCGUGCUUCUUCAAUUCAACGUUGCUAUAAAUAAAUAAAAUCAACGAUGAUGCCUUCAAACAAUGUCUCUCUUUCUCUCUCUCUCUCUUUAGAUUAUUUGAUAAAGACAUAAUGCUUUGCAAAAAGGAAAAUAAAAGAAUAUAAAAAAGGCUGAUCGAAAGCAACGCAUCCCGAUUGAAAAUUGUUAUGCAUAAAUUGUUUCAUUAACACAAUUUAUAUCUAAUAAUAAAAAAAUUAUUUAAG